GAAGUUGACGUGUCGCCACGAAGGCCACAGCUUAGCCUCCUAACAACUCUUUCUCCAAUACUUAUAGAUGCGCAGAUAGACCUCCCUUAUCUUCCCGACCUAAUCGACCAUGCGUAUCCUACAUGCCUGGAAAUCCCUCUUUCUUCUCUUUCUUUCUGUUAUUCCUACAAAGGUUCUUGGUGCGGUCCUCGCCAUUGAUUAUGGAUCCGACUGGAUUAAAGCCUCUUUGAUGAAACCCGGCGUUCCCUUCGACGUCUUGCUGAACAAGGACUCAAAACGGAAGAUACAGUCCUCGGUAGCCUGGAAGAACUCAGAACGUUUGUUUGGAGGAGAUGCUUUUAACCUGGCUUCACGUUUCCCAUCCGACUCGUUUUCAUCCGUGAAACUGCUACAGGCAGCUCCCUUUGACUCUCCAGCCGUUUCCUAUUACACCACCAUUUCAGCUAGCAAAAUUGCAGAAACCUCUCGGAAGACUGUAGCAUUAGAACAGAGCGACGGAACGCAAUGGGCCGUAGAAGAACUUAUUGCUAUGCAAUUUGCUUACAUCAAGAAUCUCGCAGAAUCAGUCGCUGGCGAGAAAGUUUACGACGUGAUUGUCACCGUACCACCAUACUACUCCCAGUUCGAAAGAGAUGCCGUUGCGGACGCGAUUGAAAUAUCUGGUUUGCGCACAUUAGCUCUCAUCAACGACGGAACAGCCGUGGCGGUCAACUACGCUAUGACUCGAUCGUUCGCAAGCCCAGAACACCAUAUCAUUUACGAUGCUGGUGCCUCCUCAAUCCGUGCAACUGUCGUUCAAUUCAGCGCGGAUCAUAAGACUUCCCCUCCCGGGACACAAAUAUUCGUGAAAGGCGUCGCAUAUGAUAGGACAGUCGGAGGAACCGAGUUUGACCGUCGUUUACGCGAAAUACUGGUUCAAAGCUUCACCACGAAACACCAGAGGAACAUUCGUAAUGAAAAGAGGGCGAUGGCCAAGCUGUGGAGGGAAGCGGGUCGUGUAAAGGCUAUCCUGAGCGCGAACACGGAGGCUAUGUUAACGGUGGAAAGCCUUGCGUUCGACAUCGACUUCCGUACGAAGGUCACAAGAGCUCAGUUUGAGACAGCUUGUGAAGAUUUACAGGGUCGUUUUACGCAGCCUAUCGUCCAAGCUCUCGACAAUGCCGGGUUGACUUUGGACAAUAUUACCUCCGUGAUUUAUACUGGCGGCGCAACGAGAACACCCAUGAUUCAAGCAGCUGUCAAAGCCCUUGUUGGAGAAGACAAAAUAGCUAUGAACGUCAAUGCAGAUGAGGCCGCCGUUCUAGGUGCUGCCCUCCAUGGCGCCAGUCUCAGCAGGCAAUUCAAGACGAAGAAUAUACAAACAUUCGACAUCAGCGUACACGAAGUUCAAGCCUCUUAUCAAGCUCCUGCAGCCUCCGGCUCGUCCAAACCAAGGAUCAUUACCACAGGCAUCUUCCCUGCUGGUUCUAAAGCCGGCACGAAAAAGACGUUGACAUUCAAGCGGACCGAAGACUUCAUUAUCAACUUUAAUUACAAGAAUGAGCCAGCACCUGGCUUCCCAACCCAUCUACUCGAAACUGAAAUUACGGGCGUCGCGGAAGCUUUGGCAAAUCUCACAGAACGGGGUGCCGUGGAUCCAGUUGUAAAAGCCACGGUCAAACUGUCAGAAUCUGGAUUUGUAUCCGUUACAGAGGCUGUAGCAGUAGGUGGGAUUAAGGAGGAAACCCUAGCAGGCAAAAUCAAAGGAUUGUUUAGCGGUGGUAGCUCCUCUGAGAUUGAGCCCGAGGAAACGACGACCGAUCCCCUGCGUGCACAAGAUACAUCUUCGACGUCCGAGUCGUCCGCAUCAGCGUCAUCUUCCUCAUCAUCGGCAGCCUCUUCAUCAUCUCCAACAGCUGAGAAAAAACCUACCGCCAAGGAGCUCAGCACCAUUCCAUUGGGUAUCAACGUCCGAUUCCCUUCAAUACCACCCAUGUCAGUCGAAGAGAAGAAGGCGAGCAGAAGCAGGUUACGAGCAAUGGACGUGGAGGAAGCAGCAAAGAACCGGAAGGAGGAGGCGAGGAACACCCUUGAAGGAUAUCUGUACCGUCUAAGAGAUUUGCUCGACGAAGAGAACAGAGAUACACCAUUCAAGCAGUGCUCCCAGCCGUCAGAGAGGGCCGCACUUGAGGAGAAGAUGGAAGAAACGUUCGCGUGGUUGCAUGACAGGGGAGAUAUUGCGGAGACUUCGCAGCUCCUGGAUAAGAGGACUUCACUCGAGGUUCUGGAGCGACCGAUUAUACACCGAUAUCAGGAGAUAGAACAGUUCCCCCAGGCGCUGAACAAUAGCCAGAUGUGGAACUGGAACACCAGACUGUUCUUGACCGAGGCCAAACGGAACCUUACUGCUGAAGAAGAGGCUGAUUUACCGUCGAAGUGGACUAGAGAGGAACUCGAGGCGCUAGAAAAGACACUGAAGGAGCAUGAGUCGUGGUUGAAUAUCUGGGUGGAGAAGCAGAAAAAGGUCAAACCCAAUGAAGACCCCGUCAUCGAGACGACAGAGAUGAAAGCCCGCGCUAAGGUUCUUGAACAACACCUGCAGAAGUUGUAUAGAAGAAAGGUUCCGAAACCGAAGAAGACGAGUACCACGGCUUCGGCUACUGCGAGCAGCGAAUCUGCACCAACUUCUAGCCCCAGUUCUUCAGAGCCAGAGCAGUCGAUACCCCAGCAAGAAAUUCCUGAGGAUCAGAUUCCAAUACAACCGCAUGAUGGGCACGACGAGUUGUAAUCGUGGGUUGUGCUCUGCUUGGGAUAAAAUAAUGAUAAACCGGUACAUUCGUAUCUUAGAGCUCCUCCGAACCCAUCUCGGAGAUGAUCCAUGAUCCAUCUUGAUUCAGGCCGAGCACCGUCGGACCUCGUCGCACUCGCGAAUCUCGAUAACUGUAGCGCAAACAUCUUAUAUCGUCUAAGUCAGUUGUUGCGCAAUGAUCUGUGAGAAUUUACAUGCGAGAGUGUUUGAUACCAUUCAGAACAACAAUUGAAG